AUGGACACCCCAUCGGCUGCCAGUGGGGACAACCCGCGUCUCUGGUCGUCGCGCAAGAAGCUGCGGCACUUUGUCAUCGUCUGCUUCUUCUCUGGCUGGACCUCGAUUGCCACGACGGGCUACCUGCCCAUGCAGGCCGUCGUCACGGCCGAGUUCUCCGUGUCGCCCACGACGUUUCUCGUCGGCAACCUCCUCUUCUUCAGCGUCGGCGUCGCAUUCACCCCGCUUCUCGUCUCGCCCCUCUCAGAGAUCCUUGGUCGGCGGCGCAUCUACCUCGUCUCGACGCUUGGCUUUGCGCUCCUGUGCAUCCCCCCCGCCGCCGUCCCUGCGCCGACGUUUUGGCCCACGCUCCUCGCCCGCCUCCUCCAGGGCUGCUUCGCCAGCGUCGGCAACUCAACGACGGCGGGCACCGUAUCGGACCUGUACGGUGCCGGGUCGCGCGGCCUGCCCAUGUCCAUCCUCUGCCUCGCCAUCUACGUCGGCCAGGGCGUGGGCCCGCCACUGUCGUCGGCCAUCCUCGCCGCGGGUAUCUCGUGGCGCUGGAUCUAUGCGCUCUGGGCCCUCGUCGUCUUUGGCCUCUUUCUCGUCCUCGCCCUCUUUUUCUGCGAGACGAGACCUGCCGUCUCCAGUCGCGACGCCGAGCCAGACUCGGAGCUGGGCAACAAGGAGGGAGCGGCAACGAGGGAAAAGGUACGGUUUGGACAGGCCGUCAGGAUCAGCCUGUCCAGGUCCGCCUGGUGGCUCGUGUCGGAGCCCAUCGUCUCGUGCUUUGCCCUCUGGGUCGGAUUUCUGUGGGGUUGCAUAUUCCUCAUCAUCGAGUCGGUCCCUACCGUCUUUGAGGCAUAUGGCUGGAGCGAAGUACAGAAAUCGUCGGUCCUCCUCGCCAUCUCCGUCGGAGGUGUUUUUGGCUGGCUCAUCAAUCUGCAUCAAGACAAGAUCUAUUCAAAGGCAGCCAAGAGGGCGGCGCCAGACGAACCUGGGCCCGAAGCCAGACUGUACUGGGCAUGCGUGGCGGCCGUUGUCGCGCCCAUGGGCUUCUUCAUCUAUGCAUGGACUGGGCGGGCGUCGAUCACGCCAGUGGCGCCCAUCGUCGGCCUGACAAUGUUCUCGACGGCGACUUUCAUCCUCUAUGUCGCGAGCUGGAGCUACCUCGCCGACGCCUACUCGAUCUACGCUGCCUCGGCGCUCGCAGCUCAGUCCUGGCUGCGCAACUUUCUCGCGGGCAUCUUCACCCUCGUCGCUCCACGCAUGUACGAGGACCUGUCGCCACCCAUUGCAAGCACGAUGCUGGCAUGCAUCGCGCUCGGGCUCGCCGUCUGCCCCUUUGUCUUUUUCUUCUAUGGCCCGCGCAUCAGGGCGAGGAGCAAGGUCGCAAGCAGCGUGGCCACUGCGCACGGGUCGUGA